GACAUCGCGCUGCUUCCCCGUCACGACCACACCUCUUCCGCCUCUCCACCUCUCCCUGUGUGUGUGUACACCAUGUCUUGGCUACCGCUGCUGCUGUGCUUCUCGUGUGCGCUGCUCAUCGGCCCCUCCUGGGCGGACCAAGGCAUCGACGCUGGCAAUGAGAUCAAUGCCGAACCUGAGGAAGGCGCCGCCGAAGGUCGCCUAUGCUCCACCUGCGGCAAAGUGACAGGAUACAGCGUCGACAGCCACAGCACCCACGGAGGCAGCGGCUAUGGCACCUAUGGGUCAACAAGUACCAUCGACAGCAUGGACCUGUCUUCCAUAAUGGGAAUGUCAACUAUUGCCAGCUCCCUUCUCUCCAAGGGCAGUGGUCUGUCCUUCGGCAUGUUCGCGCUGCCCAUCCUUGGUGUGAACAUCGCCAUCCUGGUCAUUCUUGGCAUCCUUCUCAUGCACGUGAAGAAGCUCACCUCUUACGGGGACACCGGCACCGGGGACGUGUACCACUACGCCGCCUACCCAGCAGGACACUCCACCUAUCAGUCCUAUGACUCCGGAUACCACAGGAGGUCCACAGAGGAGGGAAGGGGCAUGGAGUCACCUUCCACAUUCCAGAUGUUCACCCAGAUGGUCUUUGACGCCAUUGAGAAGUAUGGUGAAAUAGAGACGGAGACGGAGAAGUAAGGCGGAGCAGCGAAAGGGUACGGCUAUCCACUGGAGGCAACACGGAGGAAGACUGUCAACUCAUUUCAGGAUUUUGAAGUGAACGGAGACGUUUCUUAAAGAGGUAAGCGAACCAAACCUGUUCCCACGGCACGACAGAAUGACGACUCAGGACUGACGCAGGAAGAAUGGAGAGCUUCCCCAAGCUCCAGUCUGACGCUGACGAUACGUUCACGCAAACCCUCGCCAAGCCCAAGUGCGCGGCGAGGGUGACGCCCACUGUCUCGGGUGCAGCCGCCCUAGACAUCAUAAAAAUAUUCUGGUCAAUAUACAUUAUGUAGAUACGACUUCAAGACACAGACGCCCUGACUGCACACUACUCAGGACACGAGGAGACACCAGAGGGACGACUGAUCACUUCACGCGACGACUUCUAAUUGGCCCACACUGCAGCUGCUGAUUGGCUGCUGGACCACGACUUAUGACAACUAUACUACGACUGACAACGGACGAGUGACACCAACCCACCCACUCACCCACCCACCCACCCAGACAUUACCCUUACUCCUUCCGCCAUAGAGGUCCCCUAAUCAGGAAUCUUCUAAGCCUGUGUCUGGAUGCUUCAAUAACGAUGAAAGCCCAGCACACGCCCUUCCAUCACACUCACCUGACCUCACCACACGUCGUCCCUCUUGCCACAACCCCCGACGAUCUCAGUCCUGCGCACUCCAUGACUCCCUGACGUACUACAUGCGUCCCAGGGAGUGUUAAGAGAUACCACCAUGCAUUUUUCUUUUUUUCUUUGUCAUUUAUUCAUCUUGAGUCUUCCCCUUUACAUGACAUGAUCUUAUAUUACAUAAAAACUCCUUCCAUCAACGCCAUAGUAACUCAGAAACUGCCAUUUGUCUUAAGUUUAAAGUCUUCUAGGCCGAUGCCUGUUCGCUCUAUCACAUAGCUUGUGUCCCCCUUAACUGAUUGACGCCACGACCGAGUGACUAAAACUAACGGAUGACCCGGACCAAAGGAGCUCAGGGACUACCAUCCAGGAACCAUCCCCACGUACUAUUCUUUGACCGGACGCACUUUCAGCAGAUGCAUGAAAAACAGUUGCCUCCUAAACUAGUGAUGUCAUAUUCUGGAAAACUUUUUGAACUAAGUUGCAGUAUUAGACACUUACCCUUUCACCUUUCACAUCCCCCGUUUUCUUUUUACCCGUUACUCUUAAAGCAAUCUGCUGAUUAAGUUGUUUUCUGACUGAUUUGAUUUUUUUUUUAGGAUUUGAAUCAGAAUCUAUAUUUUUCGAGCCGUUGCAAAGCCUUAUCCCACGAGCAUUACUGACCAAUCCAUUAGUUCACAUAUUAAUUUCAGUUCCGUUUAUAGACGAAGUUCAAUCGACCUCAUAACAUCACUAACCGAGGCAACUGUGAAUAAUAAUACAUAAUCUUCCCCAUAUUCUAGUUUCGUACUUCAUAUUUUCUCACAGAUCUGCAGCCAUUAAUUUGUUUAGAUUCCGCUACUCUGUAAAGGAUCUAUGUAGUUUCACCUCAUCUCUAUCCAUGUGCCAGUCUGCCUAUCUCUCUGUUUGUCUGUCUAUUCGUCCUUCCCCUUUCCCUUCCCCUUCCUCUUCCUCUUCCCCUUCCCCUUUCCUUUCAUCUUCACUCUGCCAUUCACCUUCACCUUCAUCCUUUCAUUUUCCCUUUCUUCUCUUCCCCUUCCCCUUCACCUUCUCUCCCUUCUUUUCCCCUUCACCUCGCCUCGCCUCCCUCGCCUCCAGCUUCCUGGUGAGUCAAGCUCCCUUCAAUCCAACACGCUUCAGGUUCACUUUGGUCGAAGCUUUGCCGGUAACUUGUUUAGCUUCCUUUUUUCAUGAUUUGAGAGAAAAUCAAAGCUAUCAAUCUUUUUUUUUUUUUACUUUUUAUUUAUUUUUUUUUCGGGUCAUUCUUCUUCUCCCUCUUGUCUCAAUUAAGUUAAUUUUGCUUGUUCAGUUUCUUUUUAUCUUGAUUUGAGAGAAUAUUAGAGUUAUCAGUUAUUUUUAUAUAUUUAUUGAUUGUUUUGGGUCAUUCUUCUACUCUUGUCUCCUUUAGGUCAAUUGUUACGUUGCUCUUUAUAAGUUUAGAGUAUUAAGUGUGAUUAUUUAGGUUAUAAGGAUUAAGUUCUCCGCUGGCGGAGCGAUGCUAUUUAUUGCCAUUUAUUUAUUCUUUGUAAGUAAUAAAUUAUUUCCCUAA